AUGGGCGUCCAGCGGUCGACCGUCUCGUCCAGAGAAUCACCAUUCGACGCGCGUCGCGCAGUGGCAAGCUAUUUUGUUGACCGAGAUUUCCAAAAAAAACAAAUCGGAGUCACCACGCCCAAACCAAAGACUGAUCCCUUACCAAUGGCUGAAUCUUUGGAGGCACUCGAUCGAUUAUCCCCAGACGAAACCUUCUUCGACGCCGCUUUAGCUAAAACAGAAGGCGCGCCUGCAGAAACCUCCAAUAAAGAAGAGGCCACGAUUGACCAGAUCACGUCCAAUGGGGCAUCUUCAGAAAGUAUCACGAAUAAUCCUACUCUAGCCGGAGUGGUAACACCCAGCAAGCGGCCUCGAUUCUUCCAAACUCCUAGCCCUGAGCAGGACGGCUCUUCCACCCCUAAGUCUGGUCAUAGGACGAUUUUGGCGGAAAACAAUCAACCUACCACGUCUGACCACCAAACGCCAAAGCGUCGCAAAGAUGAGACUCCCCGAUCAUCAAGCAAGCAUACCGCAAUAUCACCGCUCUCACCCCGACUGAACAAGAAAAGCAAACUCACUGACUCACCCAGUUCUUUAAGCACCCUGACCAAGAAAGAAACCGUAACUGAAGAAGUUGAAAACCUAGCUCCCUGUGAUUCUAAUGAUCUUUCGACCCGUAACACGGCUGAUGAAAAGGAAGAUUUACGCGUGGACAAGCCAUCGUCUGUCAUUCUAUCCGACAAAGGCGGUACUCCUCAGCCGGAAAAACUUGAGCCCAAGCCUGACCUUGAGGAAGAUGGUUAUCCUCAGCCGGCAAAUGUCGACCGCAAGGCCAACCCUCAUGAAGAUGGUAUUCCUCAGCCGGAAAAUAUCGGCCACAAGCCUAACCCUGAUGAAAAUGGUGCUCCUCCGCCGGCUAGCCUCGACCGCAAGCCUGACAUUUCAUUAAUUGUAGAAACGCCUUCAGGUUCAGCUGCCCAUGAUAAUGAUGUUAAACCCAACCCCGACUCUCAGCCUAGCUUUAAAUCACGCACCGAAGUGGCCUCAUUUGAAGCUUCUACGGAUGAAGAUCGUAAACCACAGCUGACUUCAAGAGCUGAUCUAAAGCCUGACCACAAACCCAAAUUCAACAGCUCAAAUUAUAUCGACCUUACAGGCUCUCCAGACUCCCCCGUUGACAAGAAAAUAAAACCUGAAAACCGUGAUCCUUCUUGUCCCCCGCCCACUCGCCAGUCUAAAGGUGCACUGCCGUCCUGGGAAAAAAAGUACAUAGGUGCAUUCAUGUGUGAAGGAUAUUUGAUUUAUUCGUCGGCGAAAUUGCGUGAGGGUGAAUCGGUUUGGCUGUCAAGAACCUCGACAAAUGAAGUCCAAAAAUCCAAGUCUGCCUCGGCGAAAAAGGAAGAUCAUGUUGUUAGACUAGAGAGCAAGAAGAAUGGCGCAUUUGCCCGAUUAAACGAGAAUUUCGCAAAAUGGAUGGUCAAGUUAAUCGACCAACGUCUGAUCACCUUUGAAGGCAAACUGAUGUUUCCUCCAUCGAAGUCCACCAUUGGUGCAACGGUCCACUGUUAUUUAAAGGCCUAUCUCCUGCGAUCAGCUUUUGUUUCGCCAACCGAUGAAAAGUUUGAUUCUCUAACCAAUCUUCAAAAGUCCAAAUUGGCCAAUUUCUUCAACUCAGCUGAAGCGAAAGAAGACAAAGAAAGGGUUGACAGACAGCAAUCAGUCAACACCCUGUUUAGUACUAUCAAUCUCAUGGCAUCAAUUUCAAGCACUGCUAGUACGAAAUCCGGUCAUCGGUCGAUCGCCGGGAGCUCCAAACCGGCAGCUUCUUUCAAAGGAGAACCCGAUACAGAAGGUGUGAUUGACCAGCAAAACAUUGAUUUGGUUUAUCAGAAAGCGACCGCACACGAUAUGUCUCUGGAUAUGCGCUCCCCCUGUGAUGGGUUUCAGCUUCCCUUACGCCCGUAUCAGCAACAGGGCUUGAGCUGGUUAAUGAAAAUGGAAGCGACUCUCGAGCAAGCUAGAGAAGAGGUUUCGAUUCAUCCUCUAUGGGAAGAGUACAUAUUUCCUCAUGAUGAAGACCAAGCAAACUGGGCUGUUGCUUCUGAUGAACAGUUUUAUUACAACCCAUACAUGGGUGAAUUCAGCUUUGAGUUUCCGAGGGCUUCCCGUAAAUGUCAAGGUGGUAUUCUCGCCGACGAAAUGGGGCUAGGCAAAACGAUUCAAAUGGCAGCCCUGAUUUGCACUGCUCGGCCGCCUCAUCAUCCUUUGGUGAAACCUGAGAGUGAUGACGACGAAGGGUAUGAAUCAGACGAGAAACCCAAGAUUAAACCCGAGCAGGAACCCACGUCUAGUUGGAAAAGCAGUCCCCUCCAAUCGGGCUCAAGAAAGGCUAAGAAUUUGCCCCGCAAGUCUCACGCCACCUUGGUCGUCUGUCCUCUGACGUUGCUUGAUCAGUGGAAAGACGAGCUGGAGAGAUGUCACAAAGCUCUGAAAGUGUUCGUUUACCACUCAGCUACAAAAGCUGCAUUGGGCAGUUCAGCUGAUAAAUAUGAUGUGGUCAUAACAACAUAUAACAUCGUCGCGAGCGAGUGGGGGACGAUCGAGUCGAAGUCUGGUGACGCCCCAAAGCUCAAUGGCCUGUACAAAAUCGAUUGGUAUCGGAUAAUAUUGGACGAGGGACACAACAUUAAGAACCGGAACGCUCAAUCCUCCAAGGCUUGUUACAACUUAUCAGGCCGUAGGCGAUGGGUGCUCUCCGGAACACCCAUUGUGAAUAGACUUGAGGAUCUCUCUUCCUUACUGCAUUUUAUCCGACUGGAGCCUUGGGGCAAUUUCUCCUUCUAUCGAUCCUUCGUCACUAUCCCUUUUAGCAAAAAAGAUCCCAAGGCUUUGGUUGUCGUACAAACGAUCAUCGAAAGUGUUUUGCUGAGAAGAGAGAAGAAGAUGAAAGAUUUGAACGGAGAGCCGAUCGUAUCUUUACCACCCAAACACAUAGAUCUCGCCUAUCUGGAGCUUAAUCGGAAAGAGCGAAUUAUCUAUGAUAUGGUGUACAACAACGCGAAAUCUGAGUACAUGGAAUAUUUGGGCCAAGGAACUGUUAUGAGCCAUGUGACGGCUAUCUUGGCGAUUUUGGUCCGACUCCGUCAAGCGGUCUUGCAUCCUUCGCUCGUCUUGAAAAAGAUUAAGCUGCCAAAUUCUCAGGCAGAUGGUGAUGCCAAAACGAUCAAGAAGAUGCUGAAAGAAUAUGAAAAUUCGGCCGAUGAAUCCUUUGCUACAACCCAAUUGAAAGAGUUGGAGAAAAAGCUUAAAGGCAAGAAUGCCGAUGGAGAAGUCGAAGACCAGGAGUGCGUGAUGUGCUUAGAUGUCAUGGAUUCUCGAGUCUAUUUGCCUUGCAUGCACGCAUUUUGCAAGGAGUGUAUCAUGACCUAUAUCGAAAGCAAAGCUGGGGAAGAGACCACUUGUCCUACAUGCGCAGUAGCUUUUCAGGAGACAGGAAUUGUCGAGUUUGUUAUGAACCGGUUCAAAAACUCGUCAAAUCCUUCCUCGGGGCUCAGCACCCCGGGAGGGCCAUCUAGCGCCGUGAUGAGUGAAGAUGAAGCCCCGGAAAUGGACACCAAACCGACGGUGAAGUCUCAGCUGGAUUCAAAACCCUCGCGUGGUGUGAUCGAUCUUGAUUACGAACUGCCUAUCGAAAAUAUCCCCAAGUCGCUCAGUGAUGACGACGAUGAUGAACUCGGGGGUGGGUACUUGAAACGAAAUGAUUUCGUCUCUUCGACUAAAUUGGAAGCUUUGAUCGAUCACUUGAUCAAGGCACGACAAACAGAUCCUGGAUUUUCGGCGGUUGUGUUUAGCCAAUUUACCGGAUUUCUGGACUUGAUUGAACAAGUUUUGAAACGUGAUAGAUUCAGAUUCGUGAGACUUGACGGGACCUUGUCAACCCGUAAACGGAAGAAAGCUUUGGAAACUUUCAACGAUCCCAGAAAGCCUUGUAUCUUAGUCUGCUCCUUGAAAGUGGCUGGUGUUGGAUUAAAUUUGAUCAAAGCCAAUCGAGUGUACAUGAUGGAUACUUGGUGGAAUGAAGCCAUUGAAAAUCAGGCGAUUGACCGAAUCCACAGAUUUGGACAACAAAAACCGACGUACGUUGUGCGGUUCUUAGUCAGCAACAGCAUAGAAGAUCGAAUGUUGUCCAUCCAGAAGAAGAAGAGAGCCAUCAUCAAUGACGCUCUAGGGGGAAGUAAGGACUCGAAAGCCGGUCAAGCUCAAACAAUGGAGAAUUUCCAGGCCAUCUUUGCGGAUUAGCCUUCUGGCCGGCAUCUUUAUUACUAUCACCUUGGUCCGACUGGGCCUUGUCGAUUUGUUGUGCGAAUAUAGAUAACUUAAACCCGAUCAAUCUUAAUAGCUUUAUCGUCCCACCCGAAACAUAUGCCAGUUCAUUAAUAUCAGUCCUCCUGUCAAUAUGCUCACACAAUUGUAGAUACAUAUUCGCUUCUCAGGUACCCUGAACCUGUCAGGUCCUGCGAAACCGGUCUUAAGUUAAGGAUGAUUGCUCUUGUGCUAUUGACCUCAUAAGGUAGGGUGAUUUGCUCACACAGAUGCAGAGCUGUUAUACUUAAGUAACAAGAGUUCAGUCAAUUAUUUUGCAAGUUUCAUUAUAUUCACGUUUCACGCUUUCCGCGAUAUGUCAUGGUGGUUGGUUAUGCAUUACACAUAAAUAAAUAUGUUCAAAGCACCCUCAACAAUUGUAGAAGUUUUCACAAUUGACGCUACAAAUUCGGCCUUCUCUUUUUU